GCAUGGAGCCCGGCGGAGACCACCGGAGCCGGAGCGGCGGCGGCAGGGGCGGCCCCGGGCCAGCAGCAGCCUCGGCACGGGGCCGACGGCUGCCGCCCGCAGGAUCGAGCGGCGGCGCGGAGCCCGAGGAGGACGACGGCGGGCAAGAUCUUCAGCUGGAAGGGGGUGCCUUGGGGUCCUGGGGGAGUGCCCCCCUGCCCUCCUCCAGGGCCAGGGGACCAGCAUCUUCAGGCAGGAAAUACUCAGACCACUGUGAGGCCCGGGCCUCGAGGCCUGGAAAGAGCCGCAUCCCCGGCCGUGACCACCGGCGCUACUACCACGAUCACUGGCGGCUGGAGUACCUGAUGGACUUCAACCCUGCCCGGCACGGCAUGGUGUGCAUGGUGUGCGGCAGCUCUCUGGCCACUCUCAAGCUCAGCACCAUCAAGCGGCACAUUCGCCAAAAGCACCCCUACUCCCUGCACUGGAGUCCCCGGGAAAAGGAAGUCAUCAGCAACAGCUGGGAUGCCCACUUGGGGCUGGGGGCCUGUGGAGAGGCCGAGGGCCUGGGGGCCCAGGGGGCUGAGGAGGAGGAGGAGGAGGAAGAGGAGGAGGAGGAGGAAGGGGCUGGCCUCCAAGCUUGCCCGCCCAAGGGCCCAGGCAAAGCCCCAGCUGGUGGGGACAGCCGGCGCCAGCGACGAGGGGGCCCAGUGGCACCCCGGGCUCGGCGUCGGCGCCUCUCUGCCUCCCGGAGGGCUGGGGGCAGCAGGGGGCUGGGUGCCCGGCGCCUGGAGCGGAGGCUGAAGGAGUCCCUGCAGAACUGGUUCCGGGCAGAGUGUCUCAUGGACUAUGACCCGCGGGGGAACCGGCUGGUGUGCAUGGCCUGUGGCCGGGCACUACCCAGCUUGCACCUGGACGACAUCCGUGCCCACGUGCUGGAGGUGCACCCCAGCUCCCUGGGGCUCAGCGGCCCCCAGCGCAGUGCCCUGCUGCAGGCCUGGGGGGGCCAGCCUGAGGCACUGUCUGAGCUCAUCCAGUCCCCAUCAGACGAUGACCUCGUCCCCCAGGACCUGACCAGAAAGAGCCGGGACUCGGCCCCCGCUGCUGGAGCCCCCUCUCAGGAUCUCAGCCCCCCAGACGUAAAGGAAGAGGCUGGCUGGGUCCCUGAGAGGCCUGGGCUGGCAGAGGAGGAGGAGGAGCUGGAGGAGGGCGAGAGGGUGGGGGUCCCCGGCCGCUCACCGCGGGGCCGCGACCACCGCCGCCACUACCAGGAGCGCUGGCGGCUGGAGUACCUCAUGGAGUUGGACGGCGGCCGGCGUGGCCUGGUGUGCAUGGUGUGCGGGGGCUCGCUGGCUUCGCUCAAGAUGAGCACCAUCAAGCGGCACAUCCGCCAGCGCCAUCCGGGCUCCAAGCGCCUCAGCGGGGCAGUCAAGGCCCUCAUCGCCCAGGAGUGGAGCGAGAAGGCCGCCCACCUGCUGGCCCUGGGGCUGCCCUACCCCGAGUCCCCCAGGGAUCCUGCCGCCCCCAGCACAGCCGCAGCCUCCGAGGAGGGGGGAGGGGAAGAGGAGGAGGAGCCAGAGGAGGAGGAGUGGUGGGGCGAUGUCCCGCUUUCCCCCGGGGAACCGUCGGAGCGGCCCGCCGAAGAAGACGAGGACGACGAGGACGGCCCAGAGCCCGGGGGACUCGCCUUCCCACCGCUGCCGCCGCCGCCGCCGCCACCACCUCCCCCGCCACCGCCGCCCCGCAGCCGAGAGCAGCGGCGAAACUACCAGCCGCGCUGGCGGGGCGAGUACCUGAUGGACUACGACGGCAGCAGGCGCGGCCUGGUGUGCAUGGUGUGCGGGGGCGCGCUGGCCACGCUCAAGGUCAGCACCAUCAAGCGGCACAUCCUGCAGGUGCACCCCUUCUCCAUGGACUUCACGCCCGAGGAGCGCCAGACCAUCCUGGAGGCCUACGAGGAGGCGGCGCUGCGCUGCUACGGCCACGAGGGCUUCGGGCCGCCCGCCCCGGCGCCGCGCGACGGCAGCACGGACCUAAAGGCGGGCGCCGUGUGUCGGGCGUAGAGGACUCGCACUCGCGGGGCUGCACCUGGCCGACCUUCCGGCCCGGAGCCCCUGCUUCCUGCGGCCUUGGCCGCUGCCGCUGCCCCCCGCUGGCCGGGCCGGGCGGAGAUAGGGGACUGGGUGGGGUCGCUGGCUUCCGCUCGCUGCCAGAGCUCCAGAAGCUGGUCAGGGCGCCCAGGAAACGCGUUCUUCCCUCAGACCCGGGGCCCGGCCCUCCGCUCCGGGCCUCACGUUCCUGAGAAGCCACAGCGUUUGCACGGAGAGCUUCUGGCCUCUAGCCGCGCCCCGCGAGGCGGUUCUGUACGUGGCCGGGACAGGGGCGCCUACAGUCAGUAUUAGGGUCUCAAGUAGGGUCGGGGGCAGGAAGGACGCGCCCCUUCCUCUGGCCGGGGGCCCAGCUCUCAGAGCCGCACACCGGCAGGCAUGGCUCCCGGGUCGGGGCGGCUGCUGUCCAGUCCUUACUGGCAUUAUCGACCGCUGGGUCCGGGACUGCGGACGGGGCCUUCUUCGGGAGGCGGGGCCCCUGGGCUUGGGAACCCGCCCGUGGGGAAGGCGCGUAGGACCGCGGGCGGGGGGGGCGGUGGCCCGGGGCGGAGGCGGAGCUCGUCCCGAGCCCCGCCUGCUGCGCCUGCCUCUGGGGCGGGCUCUGUGGGAACCCAGAGCCCAGAGGCCCCACCCGCCUCCCCGGACACUGCCACGCCCGCCCGGACCGAGAUCUUGUAAAGGGAUUAGCACUUUUUUUCCUUUGCUCCUCCUGCUCCGAAGGCCUCCUGUUACCCUAAAAUUCAGUCAGGCGCUCCUGCUUCAGCGCCCCCGUCAGUGCGAGCCCGGGGCACUGGAGGUCCCGGCAGUUGGCUUUAUAUUCCCGUCCCCUUCUUGUCCCCUUUUGUAUGCGGUGGGCGUGCCACCCGUUCUCAGUCCUCAGGGCCUGGGGCCGGGCCUCGGCCUUCCUUUCUCCUCCCCGCGGCAGCACCAGGCCUUGAGGGGUCAGGAGUGGGCCCCGCGAUCUCCCAGGCAGGUCCGAGAGGGAUGUGUAGAUUCAUUCUCCUGUGGAGAACAGGUGGCCCCGAGAUCAGGCCCUUUUUGCUCUUUGUAUUUUAUUUUGAAACUGUAUUUAAUGCUUUUAUAUGAGAGGGGGAGGGGCGGGAAGCGAGCUGUCCGUCACCCUAUGUGCAAAUGUCUUAUUUAUUAUGCGUGUAUCAGAGAUAAGCUGUGAGGUGGUGGAGGAAGGACCUAAAGGUAAGAGGAAUUAGGCGGAGGCGCGGAUGGGAGGACCCCAAACAUCCCGUACUAGUGUGGGACUCUCCAGGCCCCUCCUCGAGUCUCUGGGCCCCAGUGUCUGCUCUUCACAUAGCCAAGCCAGUUCCUUUGUUCUUAAAGCCUGAGUGGGGACUUCAGGGCUGGGCCUGGAGGGCAAGGGGCCCUGGCACCUGGCGCCAGGAGUUGCCUCUGUGGGUGGGAAAGCAGAGAGCAAAGAGGAAGCCUUUCCUCUCAUCCCAGCGCCCCCAGGCCAGAGCUCAAGGUUCAAGUGCCUCAGGCCCAGUCGCCUUGACUCUUCCUAAUUGGGAAUUGGAUUUUAUACCACGGAUUUUAUAGCAUUUUUUAUAUAAUUCAAGAUUGUUUGAAUUGGAAAGACCUUGGAGAUCAACUAGUACCCGCCCCACCGCUUUCACAGGUAAAAUGAAGCUCAGAAACUGAAAUGAUCAUACAAGUAGGAACAGUACAUGGACAAGAAUAAAAAUCUCAACUUUCAAUUCAGUGUUCUUUGCACUACACCACAUGGCCUCCCAAUCGCUCCUAAGUUAUCAAAAUGUUUUACUAUUAGAUCUGCUGAAGGAUGGCUUGUGCUGGGCACUGUAGGCCAUCCCAGUGCAGUUGUGGCCUCCCAGGGAUGGCAGAGAACUGCACACCCUCCGGGAAUGAGUAUUCUACAUAGGCUUCAGCUGGAGGGUGGCGGCAGCAGCCUUCAUCAGAACUCCAGGUGUGACUGUUGCCUAGCCCAAGGCCUCUCCAGUGGGGCAAAAUAUCUGGCAUUGUGCUGUUGAUGCCACCAAGGAUUCAGGAAGUGCCACAUGGGCUGUCAGUUGACUGAAAAGUGAAUUCCCAGAGUGUUUGAACCUCCAAGGGUUUUUGCAACAGUAUUAAAAGCUUGAGAACAGGGAUUACAGAUGGCACCGGGUUGGGUACUGCCAUUCUUUUAUUUUCCUUCAUGCAUGUUGUUUUCAGAUCCAGGAGUGUUCCGCCACUUUUGCUACUCUGCCUAUUCAAAAACAGUAGGCAAAUUGGGGCAACUAUUAUAGUCAUCCCGGCCCACUGCUGAAGUUCAGGUAAGCCAGGGCAGAGAGCAGGGUGGGAAUGGUAAUUCCUCUUGAUAGGCAGGGAGAGGCCUUAGGAGGACAGGAGUCCAUGUCUUCAUUGAGAGGUAGCCCCAAACACUUAACUGGUCCUCAAGUGUGGCCACCAGAACAGCAUCAUCACAUUAGGAACUUACUAGAAGUGUAAAUUUGGGGGCCCCACCUUAUGGGUCAUAAACUGGGGUGAGGCCCAGCAGUCUUUUGAUAGCCCUCCGGUGAUUACGAGGUUCACUGAAGUUCUGAGCACCAGUAUCUAGAACGUGCCACGGUAGUGAUUACUACUUUGCAGCUACAGCCUCAAAGGUUAAGGGUUAGAUCAGGUGGUCCUCAUCUCCAGGUGCCUCCUCCUUGCCUUGGUAAUCUGACACGAACAGGUGAAGUUUCUUCAUGAAUUUUUUGUUAAUGGUAUGCUUGCUAUUAUGGCCAAUAUGUAAAUGUUACUCUGAAUACAUAUUUAUAUACCAUGUUAGCGACAUUAUUUGAACAUUUGUAUGCGUAUUUGUGAAGUUGUUUGCAUCAGUUAUUUUUUAAAAACUUUCAGCCUAAGUUUUCUAAGAGAUAUGUUGAAUAAAUUUCAAAAAUCCAGUUUAAGGGUCAUGGCAGCCUUAGCUUUGGGAAAGAGCAAAUCUGAGGGGUCAAGUUCUUUCAGCAAAGACAUAUAUUUAGUUUCCAUUUUCCAUGGUGACUGAAAUCAUUUUAAGUACAUCGUGACUAUGUGUGAGUUACAGGCUGCUUCAUGUUGCAGGUGGGGGAACCUUCAUAGGUUGGUGUGAACUGGGACAAGAGACCCCUCUGGCCCCUUCCACGCCUCAUCAUCUUCCUCCUAAGGCCACCUCUUAGAGGGUCUCAUUUUCUUUCAGAAACCAAAUGCACACCUUUGCUCUACUAUGGAAAUUCUGCAAUCUUGGAGAUCAUUACCAGUAUCAACAAUUAGUUUUUUUAAAGUCUCAAAAGUGGAGUGGGGAUGGGGGCCAGUGGAAGUCUUGUUUGGUUCUUACUUUACCCAAACUGUGUAUAAAGAAUAAAGUUAGCAGAAUGACAACACA